AUGCCAUCAUCAUUAUCUGCACAGUUACCAUCGUCUGAAUGUCGAGCGAUUUGUAUUCCAGAUAAUAAUCAUUCUUUACAUUAUUUCAAUUCAAAUCCUAAUACCACAAUGUCUCUAUCAGACUCUGUAUUGCGUUACUGUGUUCCUGAAAAAUCUAACACCGAUGAAACCAACGCAAACGGUCAUUCAUUAUCUUGUCCAUGUGGAAAUCCUCAAAGCUGUCCAUUAUCUGAGCAGAAAAUUGAACGUUUGUGUAAAAAUCCUGGUAUAAUUCAUGGUUUCACAGUUCUUUCCGCUGUAUUUCGUGGCCGACUCACUAGACAAUUAUUAGCUACACGUAAAGUUCAUGAUUUAAUACGUACUGUAAAAGAUACGGCUAAAUUAAUUUUAUCUAUACGAUUAGAUCACAGAAAUAUAUCGUUCCAAUCAGAAUUUAUAUCAACUAAUAAAACUACACAUCAAUUAACUAAUAAUGAAUUAUUAUUAUUAGAAUCAAAAUUAUUAAUACAACUUUAUAAUAUACUUAAUGAAAUUCAUGAAAUCUUCUUUAAAUGGUCUAUAACUAAACAAAUUUCACUUAUAUUUAAUUCUAAUCUAUCAUCAUAUAAAAUGGAUUAUUCAUUUAAAAAAUUAACUAAUCAAACAUCAACAAAUUCAUUACGUAUCCUUCGACAGUUACAACCUCAUCAAGUGAAUUCCUUACCUAAAAGUAAACAGAUCAAUAACAACGCAAAUGGCGAAGAAAAAAAAUCAAAUAUUUCUAUUAUUUCUAAUAAACGAAAUCCUUAUCAUUCUAUUAAUAAUAAUAAUAAUAAAUUAAUCAAUAAAUUCUCCCCUAAACAACAAUUAACACAUAAUUUAAAUAAAAAUCAAUUAAAAAAUAAUCAAAAAGAAUGUUAUAAACAACAAUCAAUAUUGAAUACAUUUAUACAAUCUAAUAUAAACAAUUCAAUUUAUUGUAAAUUAAUAAAUAAAAAUAAUCAAUAUAUUACAAGAUCAAUUUCAGCUAAUAAUACAUUCAAUAAUAAAGUUAAUAGGUCAUCAUCAAUAAGAAAGAAUUAUAUUAAUCGAACAAAAUCAAUCAAACCAAAAAUUAUUCGCCAUUUCAGUAAUAAAAUUGAUCUAAUCCAAUAUAAUAAUAAUAAUACAUCAACAAUUGACUCAUUGAAUAGUAAUAAUAAGAAUGAUCCGCUGAAUAUUACAGUUAACAGUGAACUGGAAAUAGAUUCAAAAAUGAUCAAUAUACUUCAACAUUAA